AUGGCCUGCUCAAAACGCUUGCUCUAUAGUAUCUCGGCAGCGCUCGGAUUCCUUCUUCUCUCAGCUUUUGCUCUUAUAGCUAGUUCAGCGGGUAGUCCUCGCAGUCUCUCACAGCAGUUUCAAUUUCAUGUUUGUCCCAGCGGGCCCCCUCUCCAACUUCCAGUCACUCGAAAAUUCCAGCCUUUGACACCACUAUGGAGAGCUCAGUCAGACACCUCUUCAUGGGAGUCUCUUCUCUCUCCCCCGAAUGGUGGUAUGCUCAAGGUCCGAACAAGUAAUGGCACCAUCACCGACUACGGAAUCUCUAUGUUCCACCAGCUCCAUUGUUUGUCAAUGCUUCGCGGGGUGAUCUUCCCUAGCAUAUCGCAGCAUCACGGUGCAUCAACCUCAUCACUACCACACUCAGAUAAUGCUCAUGAGGAUUCAGUGCACUGGGCUCACUGCUUCGAUUAUAUUGCACAGGCCAUUAUUUGCUCAGCAGACGAUACUAUCGAGCCCCCUCAUCUAGCCAUUGAUAAGAAUGGAGAACGGAUUUUGAUUGUUGACGGAAUGGGGCAUACGCAUCAGUGCAGAGACCCAGAACCAUUAUGGAGGGCUGUCAGCGAUAGUAGGGCUCAGCCCAUUGAUGUUACCCGAGUGAAGAACACGGUUAGACAGAGU